AUAUAUGCAGGUCCACGAAACUUUGCAUGUAUAGGUUGUCUACAAGUUGACUAUACUUGGACUACACGCUCUGAAAAGACGAGCCGGAACAGUCGUAGGAAAGAGGAAUUGGAGGAUUUAAUAUUUGUGUUAAGAUGAAUAAAAACGGAGAUGUCAAAGCUCAGCGCCCGAAAAGAACAUUAUGGGUCGACAAACAUCGACCUGCAACUCUGGAUAAACUGGAUUACCAUUUGAUACAGGCGAAACAGUUAAAGAACAUGGUUGAUCAAGGAGACUUCCCACAUUUAUUGAUUUAUGGGCCACCGGGCGCUGGCAAGAAAACACGAAUAAGAUGUAUCAUUCGGGAGCUCUAUGGCAGCGGUGUUGAAAAAUUAAGAAAUGAAAUUAUGAAUUUCGAGACACCAUCCAAGAAAAAAAUAAGUAUAUUAACGCUGAGCAGUAAUUAUCACAUUGAAGUGAAUCCCAGUGAUGUGGGCAUAAAUGAUAGAGUCGUUAUUAUGGAUCUUGUUAAAACUACAGCACAAACUCAUCAAAUUAAUACUGCAGGUCAAAGAGAGUUUAAAGUUGUUCUAUUAACAAAUGUGGAUGGCUUAACAAAGGAUGCACAACACGCAUUACGCCGAACAAUGGAGAAAUAUGUUUCAACUUGCCGGUUGAUACUUUGUGCCAGUUCCAUGUCACGUGUAUUGCCUGCAAUUCGCUCUCGUUGCCUGGGGAUCCGAGUACCGGCACCAAAAAAAGAUGAGAUUGUUGAUAUUUUACAAAAAAUUGCGAAAGCGGAAAAGUUAAGACUACCGGAUGAAUUAGCCAGGAGAAUUGCAGAUGCUAGCGACAGAAAUUUGAGGCGUGCAAUUCUGAUGUUUGAAGCCUGUAGAGUUGAACAAUAUCCCCUUAGUCCAGAACAAAACAUUGUUUUGCCAGACUGGGAAGUUUACAUUCGAAACACUGCAAGCAUGAUGGUGAAGUCUCAAUCAGUGGAAACACUCUCUGAAGUACGGAAUAAAUUCUACGAGCUUUUAACGCAUUGUGUACCACACGAUGUUAUCUUUAAAGGAUUGUUAAAAGAAUGUAUUAAGAAUUGCGAUCUCCAGUUAAAGAACACUAUUGCUAAUUAUGCAGCUGAAUACGAGUUCAGACUACGUUGUGGUUCAAAAGCUAUUAUUCAUUUGGAAAGCUUUGCAGCUCGUUUUAUGACUGAGUAUAAACGAUUUAUGGAGUCUACGUUGGAAAAUUUCUAACUUGCUCCUAACAUGAUUCCGUGCAGAUUUUUGCAAUGAGAUGUACUAUGAUCCGCCU